AAGGCCAGUCCAUUGUUAAACUAUUAAUCAGUUGGUCAAUAAUGCUGCUUAAUAAUGAAUGAGACGCCUCAGAGAAAUUCUGUUCUUUUCUGAAACUGCUCAAACACAAACUAAAAUGUUUUGUUUUUCUGCUGAUUGGUUUUAAUGAAGUUUGUGGUGCUUUACCAACUUAGCCAGACUAGGAGACCAACUUAAGACCAGCCAGUGUUAUUUUACUAUCAAUGAGAUAUUAUUAUAGUUUUUAUUAAUAUUUGGGAUUAGCCUUUAUUGUUAUAUUUCUUGCCAUUUAUAUACUUUUCAGAUUUUAGUAGUUUUGUUAGUGUGAAUUUAAAUUAAUUUUAGUACAUCAGGCUAUAAAAUAUAAUAUAUAUAUAUAUGUGUGUGUGUGUGUGUGUAGGUAGGUAGGUAGGUUUAUUAAAAAAUAACGAUAUAUAUUUUUAAUGGUUUUAAUUUUAAUUCCGGUAAUUAAAUAACCAUGAGACCAGAAAACUCAGCAUGGACUGAUGUUAUAUAUAUAUGUUUUUUUUUUCUUCCUCUUAAGGAUAAUAACAACUUAUGCAAUUAGUAGGCUACCUUACAGUGAGUCUUUUAACAUUUUGAGAAUAUUACAUUAUUAAUAGCUUAACCGUUACGCUGUUAACAUUUGGCAACUCUAUAAUAUAAUUGUAUUUCUAACCACGAAAUCACUGAUGUUUUAUCGACAGACUAGAAGGUCCCUUUAAAUGGGUGUUUUCUGAACGUUAUUCAUGAUUUUCUUGCAGUUAAAAACCCGUUCCUAUUCUUUACUGUGAAAGUUUGAGCGAGUUUGUUACCGUUUCCAUGACAACAGGAAGCGCACAACGUAAACACAGAUGCACUGAGAUUUGAUCCCAGGACAUCAUGAAACACUGGAUGCUUUUUCAGAAGAUGGGUUUGAAGUGGACUCCUAGUGCAGGCAGUGAUAUCUCAAACUGACUUUUAACCAUGUCUUCACCCAAGAGAGAGACUCGAGGAAAUGGCUUUUCAGAACCAGCCGUCACCCGAAACAAGAGAAGAAACAGUCUUGAAGCUGCAGCUUCUCAGCCUCGACUGCUGCUUCGUGAAUCUCAUACUGCCACACCAGCAUUUAAGUGUGAACCCUCACCCUUUCGCUCCCUCAGCCCUCCAUUGUCUCCACCGCAAUACGAUCUGUCGUUUGUUAAACUGCCUCAGUUAGUAUCACAGGUUUGCCCUGAACUGCCGCUAAGAGAGACUGUGUGGCGAGAAGGGCCCCGUUUUGUGACACCUGUCAGAGCGAUUCAGCACUCAAACGACAGAAGAUUCAAGUUUGAACAUGAGAAGCCUGCAGUCCCAAGAGAAAAGAAUAAAACCAAGAAAAAUAGGAAACCUAAAUACAAACCACUCACCGGAGCUGAGGUAGUUGAGAUGCUAGCCAAGGAAAAACAUCUGGGGGAACAUGAAUUUUACUAUUUGAAGGCUUCUGAAGAUGGACCUUACAGACCAUAUGACUUGCGAGUGGUCUCACGCAGUGAAGUGGGCACAGAUUACUACACCAACACUCUCACAACCAUAAUACAUGUGCAGAACGGCUGCUUCAUUGAGCUCUGGAGCCUGGGAGAGUGGACACGAGAGUCUGCGCUUUGGGGUGCUGUAAGAAACAUCCCAUUUUUCAGAGACUUUGUACUGCGCAAGACCUUCGAAAGGUGGCACAGGAAUGCACACAAGGCUACUGUCAAACGCAGGAUUGACCUCCUUCCUUCUCAGAUGCUGAUAGCAGUGCCCCAAUUCAGGGGUGCCUUAUUACAUCUCGCCAGAUUAACUGAGGAGCUAAAGCAAGUCAGUUGGCUGCCACAUGAUGAUAUAAGGACUUAUACAUUAUUAGAUUUCCAAACUGCACUCCUGGAAAAGAGUCAGGCAGCUCAAGCAUCUUUAGAUAGUUUCCUACAUUGUUGUGCUGCUACACUUAGUAAGGUAAGGUAUGAGACUUACCAAGCACAUCAGGAGCUCCAAAUGAAAGUGGAAAACUCAAAACUCUACCAGAGCACUCAAUCCCUACACGUUCAGCUCACCUACCAUAGAAACCUCCAGAAAGAGCUCAGUCAGGCAGAGCAAGCAUUACAGCGGCUGGGAAACCUCGCUGCUCUAGCUGACCGCAUGACUGUUCAAAACCUUGUCACCAUCUCAAAGCGGGAGAUCACUGCAUUCCUAAACAAUGUUUUAAAAAGAGAACAGGAACAACAGGGUGGUCUCUUCCAGACAGAGAUUAUCUUUGGAGCAGACAGUCAGCUCACUGUUUUUCCUCCAUUGCAAUUGUUUCAAAAGGUUUUGCUUGGAGCAUUGCUAUUAGUAGCAGAUUCUGUCCUGCAGGUGUUUGACUCCUGCAGUUUAUCAUGUGACUCAAAAGGCUGUUUGUCCAACAGCUGUGUUAAAGACCACAUUGCAGCCAAAUGUUGUGAAGUAACAGGUCCAGGCAGUGUUUCCUCACAAACGGAGCAUGAUAUGUCACCCCAAACCCAAAUGCCAGUCACAAUGAACUCCCUCAAAGUUCAGGGACAGAGAGUGCGAGGCCAUUUUCAGCCUCUGCCCCGAAGACUGCUGGAGUGGAACUUGAAGGUUCACAUUGAAACACAAGAGUUUCAGAAUGAGCAGAUCAAGAUUACACAGGAUGCCAUUACAGAGGUGCACCAGCUGUGUGAGAGCCACUCUUGGUUGGCAGAUGUUCAUUUGUUCACUGGUCAGUGGAGUUCAUCCUCUCUAGAGACCCUGAGUGGAUGUUCCCCCCUGAAAUAUGAGGAGCUGAUCAAGAAACUUCAUUUUUGGAUGGACAGAGUUCACAGCUUGCCUCCAUCUUUUACUACAUCAAACAAGUUGUUCACUGUUGAAAUCUCCAACUUCCAAAAGCAUAUCGGUUCCAUUUUAGGCAUCAUUGACAAGGAUGUACUAAAGCUACUGUGUGACGAUUUGCAGACACGUUCUGAGAACCUCAGUUCUGAGCUGAAAACAGCUGUGGAAGUCAUAAAGUCUGAGCCUAGUACCUUUGACCAGUUUACCGUUUUUUCAAACACGGUCCAGCACAGUGAGAGGACAUUAGGGGAUAUACAGCAGAGGCUGGAAGACCUCCACUCUCUACAGCAGACUGUGAGAAGGAAUUAUACACACAUGGAUCCAAGUGAUGUUCUCUCAUUGAAGCAGGUCGUUGACUUGUGGGAUCAGUUUGUUCAGCUCCUAAAACCAGCUGCAGACAUAGUUACCCAGCAGCUUCCUUCUAUGCUUGAUAAACUGGACAAGAACAUUUCUUUAUUAGUGAACAAAUUAGACAACCUGGUUUCAAGAGCCACCUCUAGACUCUAUCUCGACCCUGAUCAGAAUCCCAAGGAAAUGUUUGUCCAGCUGAAAGCAUUGUACAGUCAGUUCUACGUGAUUGCUGAGCAGCUGAAUGAACAGAGCAGAGCCAGUGAAAUUCUGAGAGGUCACCUACUUGAUCUCACUUUUCUGACAGUAGCACGGCAGAAUAUGGAAGCAAGGAAAGGACUCUGGGAACUGAUGAGCGUUUUGUCCACACAAAUUCAUGAGUGGAAGCUGCUAAAUUUCAAGAAGUUUGUGGUGACUAAAGCACAAGACAAGGUUAGUGAAUGGCUACGACAGGCAGAGGCAUUUGCAAAAGUUUUACCCUCCCAUGAUGCUUUGCUGCAGAAAACCCUACAGAUUUUGCAGGGAUUCAACCAGCUACUCCCUGUUUUAAGUAAGCUGAGCAGCCCAAAACUGAAGCCCAAGCACUGGAAAAUCAUCUCAAAGGGAAUUGGCCUGCGGUAUGACCCAGGAUGGAAAUUAACGCUGGCUGAUCUCAUGUCCAAAGAGCUAGAGAAGCAUCAAAAUAAAAUCGACAAGAUCUAUCUAGAUGCCAAAGCUGAGGCAGACAUGGAACAGAAUUUCAGAGCACUUCGGAGGCACUGGGAACAGGCAGAAUUUCUUCAUACCAGGUUUAUUAUUGCUGUCGAGCAACAGCAGGGUCCACAACUAGGUGAUGGAAAGGAGAAAAAUGUCUUACCUCAAAAUGCACCAAAGCAUCAGAUUAUUGAUGGUGGAACCUUCACCAUUAUUGGUUUAGAGGCACUUUUGGCUCAGACUAAGGAAAGUGUUCUGAUGCUUUCUGAUAUGCUGCGUUCUCCACAUGUUGCUGAGUUUCAGCAAGAGGUUGAACACUGGCUGUUGCUUUUACAAGAGCAGGAUAAAUUGCUUGAUAUAUUUGGGCGAUAUCAGCAAAAAUGGAUCUUUUUAAGUAGAACGUUCAAUGAAAUGGUGCACUCUCAAAAAUCUGAGUUUCAAGAGAAGUUUCACCUGGUGGAUAAGAUGUUUCGUAAAAUCAUUCAAAUCACUGUUAAUGACCCACAUGUAUCCAGUUUUGUUCGACUGGGUACAACAACAGAGGCCAGUGACAGUUUACAAGAACAGAGUCUACGUACUGUCUUUAUGAAUGGACUCACAAUAAUGGAGAAGAUUUCCAGUCACUUACUCUACGUCAUGGAGUCACCACGAAUCCAGUUCCCUAGACUCUACUUUCUCAGUGAUGGGGAGGUGAUGAAACUUCUCUCUUUACAGCUCCCAGAACCUUCAUCCCUUUUACCUCUGGUGCAGAAAUGCUUCAAGGGCGUUAAACAGUUUGAUGUUCAAGUUGAAGGUGGUGGUUGCUGUGACAAUGACUUGACAGCUCUAAGUGAUGAGCGAAUGUGCAUACACAGUGUGUAUGGAGAAUUUGGAGAACAUGUUCCCUUCAUUGGUCCUCUUGAGCCAAACCUCAGUCCUGUGGCUUGGCUUAGUCUUUUUGAGCACAAGUUAUAUCAAGCAGUGAAACAGGCAAUUCUGAAAUGCUUAGAUGUCCAGCAACAUUCAAACUUUGAAAAGCAACCUAGCACCCCAGACCUGAUUGGGAAUAGAAAAGAGAACAAUUCAGAAGUAGCUCAUGAACCUCCCUCACUUAUGCAUCUAAUACGUCAAUAUCCUUUGCAAUGCCUUUUGGUGGCAGAGGAGGUUUUGUGGUGUAGCAUGAUCCGGAAGUCAUCACAUACUGGCAUGUGGACAAGAAUCAAGUCCCAAAAUGCAGCAAAAGUGCACUAUUUGUGCCAGCUUUUAAAAGAACACUCAAAUGAAAAAACAUCUCAAAUCUUGACAGCUCUGCGUGCCUUGGUUAUGCUUACCAUGAAGCACUCUGGCCAAACAGAUGGGCUUGCUGAAGUGAAAGGAGACUUGGAGUCCUCUUUUGAAUGGCAUAAACUUAUGAAAUAUUACCUCAUCCCAAAUGAUAAUGCGCCUUCUUCUGAUUUGCUUCCACUUAAAGAGGAUCAGUCUGUCUGUGUUGAUAUUCUGUGCACACAGUUGCCAUAUGGCUAUGAAUACAUCGGACCUGAUAACUGGAAGAUGGUGACUACUCCUUCAACUGAACAAGCUUACAUGGGCAUUAUUCUUGCCUUAUCAAGCUUCAAGUGUGCUUUCAUCAGUGGACCCCACAUGUCAGGCAAGCAGCAUACUGCAGUGCAGUUGGGUUAUGCACUGGGACGACAAGUGGUUAUCUUGAAGUGUUGUUCAAGCACUGCUACUUCAGUUGUUUCGCAAAUGCUUCUAGGUGCUCUUCAAUCUGGGGCUUGGCUUGUGCUUGAUUCAGUGGAUUUGUUGAAACAAGGAAUGUUGUCCGAGUUGGGACAACGCUUGACUGAAAUUCAUCAAAAUUUAUCAGCAGUUCAAAGACAAGCCCAAGAGGAAGCACAUGAGCUGACAAGCUCAUUUAGGAAGUGUAGCAGUAAAGAAUUCAUACAAAAAUAUAACAGUAGAGUGAAUGAAGUGGAAUGUCACAUUGCUGGAAAAAAUAUUCAAGCCAUGCUAAGCUAUGGAUGUGUCACAAUCUCAGCUAAUGGCUACUCAACUGAGAUACCAGAAAAUCUUAGAAUUGCAAUGAGGCCUGUGGCAUUUAUGCAGCCACACUACAGAACCAUUGCAGAAGUGAUGCUGAUGUCAUUUGGAUUCUCUGAAGCAGCUACCAUAAGUCGUCGCCUGGUCUCUCUCUUUAGCCUUGCUAAGGAUUCACAUUGCCUCCCUGAUUUUGUCAGUGGUCACCAGACCUCAUGGCUUGUCCUUCUCAGAAAUGUGAUUGCUGUCUCUGGAACACAUUUACAUCUCUCUCGUAAUUUGGUAGAAAUUGAUAAGGGUACAUUUUGUAGUCAGUAUGAGACAGGAUCUGCUUAUACAAGACUUGAAACAAUACCCGCAAAGGUCGAAGAACAUUAUUCAUCACACUUCAGUCAGUCUAAUGUGAUCAUAAAUGAGUUAGAAGAGCAAGCAGCAAUUAAAGGAGUUCUGUCAGUCAUGCAGUAUACUGUCUCAGAUCCAAAGAUAGCAUCACAGUUUUGUAAAAUAUCUGAGCAAAUCUUUCCGAAAGCAAGGUACUUUUCCAGUCCACAACUGUUCACUGAUGAGGGGGAACAAAAUAUCCUUAGAAAUCUUGUCAUCGAUGAGUUGCAGCAACAAGGAAUUUAUACAGACACACAAACACUUCACAAUGUGUUGAUCCUGCAUGAAGUUUUGAAGCGCUCUAAUGUUGUAGUGCUUGUCGGACCAGCAGGUAGUGGAAAAACAACUUUGUAUAAAGCCCUUUCUAGUGCACUUCAAAAACUGUCCAGGGCUCGGGACAUUGAAUCUACUGGUGAUCCUACAGGAGAUUUUAAUGACAUUUAUCAUUAUUUGUCUAAGCCAUGUUGGACCUCUGUGAGCACAGAAGUUAUAUUUCCUAAUACCUUGUCCCUCAAACAGUUUUUUGGUGGCUAUUGUGGUCAGGACAACUCCUGGUUUGAUGGAGUUUUCACCAAAGCAUUAAGACACUCAGAACAGCCACUGCCGAUUACUCCUUGCAAGAGGAAAAUAACUGUGCAAAAACAGCUAGAAAAAUGGAUUGUGCUGGAUGGAGAUCCACUCGGCAGACCUGCUUGGAUGGACUCUUUGGCUACUCUUUGUGAUCUUGAAAAUCCCUAUCUCUGCCUUUCAUCAGGAGAGAAAAUUAAGCCAUCAAAACUGAAAAUACUAGCUGAGAUUACAGACCUUGGUGAUUCAAGCCCCUCUGUAGUGACACACUGCAGUCUGGUGUAUGUUUCUGGAGAAAACCUGUGGAGAUCUGUGUGGAAGAGUGAGAUGAAUGUACUUUCUACUGAACAAAAUGUCGACCAGAUUACUCUGGAAAUGUGGAGUCACCUUUCUGAAGACCUUUUUCCUGACACGCUAGCAUUUCUUAAGAACAAAGCACUUUCUUCUGUGAUGGCCAGUGAUCGAUGUGAAGGCAGACAGUCAUCUAGGAUUACAGAUGGUUUGCAGGAAAUAAUGUCCUUCAUUAAGAUUCUUCACACCCUUUUGGAGCAUUCAGGAAAGGGAGGAGGCUUGAAAUACACAUCAAGGAAACCUGUAACAACAGAUAGUACACAAGCUUUCCAAUCACCCUGCAAUGAUGCCAUGGCAUCGUCUUCUCAUUGGUGGUUACAAGCACGAAACCUCUUUAUUGUAGCUUUCAUUUGGGGAUUUGGAGGUCAUUUGCAACCUAGACACUGGCCACAUUUUGAUCUUUUUGUACGAGAGGCUCUAUAUAAAAGCUGUUGUACUAUUGAGACUCCACCAGAAGGCACAGUAUUUGAGCAUUUCUUUGAAUUCAGUGAGGAAAUGAGAGAUACGACUAAUUUCAUCAACUGCUUCAUGCGUAAGAGUCCACAGCUCUUCUACACACCUGUGCCUCAGUACGAAAAACAUGCAUAUCUCCUGGACAUGCUCCUGGAUGUUCAUCAGCCAGUUCUUACUGUGGGAGAGUCUGGCUCUGGCAAAACAAUGCUGUGCAAGUCUUUAAUAUCAAAAACACGACCACACCUGCAUUUACCAGCCUGUCUCGGCCUUCACUCUUCUGAAUUGAGCAAGGUACUUGAGAGAGUUAGGUACCAGAAGACUCAAGUGAGGAACAUGGAGGCCUUAAAGCAGCCAAACUUUCUUUUGUUCAUUGAUGACCUUCAUGAAGCACCAUUUGAUGUUUAUGAAAAAACAUCAAUGACUCUAGAGACAUUGCGUCAGUGUAUUUCUACAGGUGAAGUGUUGAUAUCAGAAGGCUCUCAUUUCAAGCUGUUUCGAUUAAGAGCCGUUAAUUAUCUAGGCACUUGUAGUGCUCCUAAUGCAGUCAACAGCAAUCAGAUCUCUCCACGUCUCUCUCGACUCUUCACAAUCUUGACUUUCCCAAGCAUGACUUCUGAAAUCUUGUUUUCUAUCCAUUCCUCGAAAUUGCAACCAUGGCUGAAAGAGACACAACCCAUGCAGAGGAUUGUAGAUAUAACAAACUGCAUCCUAACCUCAACUCUUGAUGUGUAUUUUGCAGUGCGUGAAUGUUUUACUCCUGCCUUACAUAGUCCAAUCUUCAUCUUUUCUUUGCAUGAUGUUCACAAAGUGUUUCAAGGGAUGUACCUUUGGAAGCCAAGGCUUAAUGUCCAGGAGGCUCUUCAUAGUAGUCUGGGUUAUAGGAGUGUCUCUUCAUCCGCUCUUAGACAUGCAGCUCAUGACCUUAACAUCGCGCGCCUCUGGAUGCAUGAGUGUUUGCGCACUUUUGGUGAUCGGCUAGCUUCAGAGGAGGCAUGCCAAAAACUUCUCUCCAUUAUAGCUGAAGUUUCUAAGAAGAAUUUUGGCACUAGGUUGUCAAGUGAAUCUACAGAAGGUAUAUCAAGCCCUACAGAUCAAUCAUCUGUAUCAAGGAAACAUAAUGCGAACCAGCAACUGGAUUCAACCCCUUCCCAGUUGGAAGAGAAUGUGAUUCCCUUGCUUGGAAUGGCAGAAGUUCAGACAGAGAGGAAAGAGCGCUAUGCAGUAGAGAACAACUCCAGCUUGUAUAACCAAGGAAGAGGUGAGGAUGGAUCCUCAUAUGGUAAAGAUGAAGUAAAAGAUGAUGGCGAAAGUGAACCAGGAACAUCAGCGUGUGUAUCUGAAUCUGCAAGUGAAUUCUUAAGUAGUUCAUCUCAAAUGCAUCUAAAAUGUUCUCAUUCUGGUGAAAACAAAUAUGACUACAUUAAUCAAAAGCCAGAAUCACAUGAAGAGUUAACCACACAACAUAUGCCUUUAACAACAACCACAGCAAAAACAUUCAUUCAGCUUCUACAGGAAGCAGCUUCUUCCAUCCAGAAUGUGGUCUUCAGCCCAGAAUUGUGUACACCACUGAAUAACAUACUUCAGCACCAUAAAUGUAAACUCAACUGUGUGUAUCGAGAAAGAGACAUAGAUAUGUUGGUAGACCAACUAUUUCAUACUCUUAAAAGCAGAGAAGAAAAUAAAGAGGAAUCUGACAACACUUACUAUAGUCCUACCUGGGCUGUGCAUCACCAAAAUGUACAUCAACUUGUGCAUAUCAUCCGCACAUUUCUCGUUCCUGGUGGACACGGGGCUCUGUUUGGAGCAGCAAAGAAAACAGGCAGAAAGACCAUUGUACGGCUAGCAGCCACUUUGUUGGGAUAUCAACUAGUUGAGGUCCAUCCUGAAAAUGAGGCCAAGUUGUGGGAAAUUAUGAAAGGGGUUCGUAGCCAAAUUGGGGUGGGUGGACAUUUGGUUCUUCUGGUUCACGAAAACACUAGCCAGGCUAUUAAGGAUGAGCUGCUCAUAAUAAUGGCCAAUGGACGCUUCCCUGGACUGUAUUCAGAUAAGAAAUUGAGCAGUUUGACAAAGGAUGCCAGAGCACUUGAAAUUAAUAUUCCGCUGUGUUUAAUUAUAAAUUCUCUGAUAUCAGCAGGUAACAAUUAUAGUACUGAUAUUGUGCAUCUCUUUUUGUCCAGCUAUUUCAAAAACAUCAGAAGAAAUACUCAUGUAUUCCUUCUUUAUCCUCUUCUCUGGCACAACUGUGAAAGUCAAACCGUAAAAUCUUCAGUUUUGGAGAUGCAUAUCACCAAGGCUUUGAGUCUCUGCUGUUGUGUAGAAGUGUACCAACCUUGGACCUGUGAGGCUUCAGCUGAAAGUGCUUUGUAUCAUUUAAAAGCCAGCCAUCAGAUUCCCAAGACAGAUAGAACAGUUGCCAGGAAUAGCUUAGUGGCUAGCAUUUCUGAGGCGAUGGCAAGAAUACAUUUAUCAGCUACAAAAUAUGCUGUCACACUGUUUCAUUUUCAACCGUUUGGACCUCGGUCCUACGUAGAGUUGAUGGUCCAGUUCUUCUUCUUCUGCCACCACCUCUUUGAGCAAAGCAGAGUUCAGGAUAACCGUUUGGCAAAGGUUUUAGCGCAUGUGAAGGACAUGACUGACACAGCUGCAAGGCACACACAGGACGUUCUGAGCUUUAAGGCCAAAUGUGAGGAAAAACAGAAGUGUCUGGACCAGCAGCAGGAAUCAGUGGAUGUGGCAUACAAAAUCUGGGAACAAACCCACCACCAAAGUUCAAAGGAAGAAGAAUGGCUUUUCAAUCUAGAGGAUCAGUCAUACCGAGUUCAGCAACAAGUUCAAGAUGCCUUCGAACAGGUAAGUCCGCUGUACCAAGCAGCUGUGGAGGCACUGCAGGCUUUAAGCCAGUCUGACUUGGAUGAGAUGCGGCACUACAGGAUGCCCCCUGAUGGAUUUGUCAUGGUCAUGGAUCUCAUAUGCAUGUUAUUCAACCGUCCAUGUGGGUGGGACAGUAGCAAACAACUUUUGAUGCAAUCCAGCUUCUUUCAGGAACUGGAAUUUUUCGACAUAUCUAAAUUAACCGAUGAGACGAUUUAUAAGUUGGCUCAGAUCACACAGGCACCAUGCUUUCAGCCAAGCUCUGUGCGAGAUGUGAGUCGGACUUGUGAGUCCUUGUGUCGCUGGGUGAGAGCAGUAUAUCAGUAUGCUUGCAUACAGCGCCAUAUGGCACCUCAAAAGGAAAAAAAGCGCUAUUUAGAUGAGCUCAUAGCUGAGAGUCGAGCGAGGUUGAGACUUGCGAGGCUGCAGGAGGAUUCAGAGCGGAAAAGACUAGAAGAAUUGGAAAGAAAGCAGGCGCUCAACAGACAAGACAUGGAGUUGCUGAAGGCCCAGCUUAGUACUUCAGAGGCUCAAGAAAGGGAGUCAUGUGCUGCUCUCAAACAGGUUGAAUGUCUCAUUAAAGAUUGGAUGUCAGCAGAAAAGGAAGCAAAGUUGGCUAAUCACAGCAUUCCAGGUGACGCCCUGCUUUUGGCAGCUGUUGUUACAUAUUUGGGUCCAUUCGGGCCUGAUGUUCGACAGGAGCUGCUCCAGAAGUGGCACAAACUUUGUCUGGAUGGUGCAAUUAAUAUGAAACCGGAGGAUCCAUGUGCAACAAUUUUCUGUGAUGUCCCCCUUGCAACUUGUGACAACUAUGUGGCAAUUCCUGUCAGUAAGACAUUUCAAAUUGCCUUAAAUCGAAUACUUGGACUAGAUCUGCAUCGCAUCCAUGGAGAUUCCACUGAUCUGUUCCGGAGUGUUCUUCUCUGGGGGCACAGAUUUGCUUGGGCUCAGCGCUGCCUUCUACUGGCAGAUCAUCAUAAACACGAGGAACCCAGCUCUCAGACAUUGUUUCCUCCUGGUCAGGUUACAAGAUGGGAAGAAAAAGCCCAUGAGGGGGAUAGAUAUGGACUUAUAGUUUCUGCUGAUGAUCCACAGUUAUUUGAUAAGCUAAAUCAUGGAGCAAAAGAAGGUCUAAGAGUAUUGGUGACGCAUACUGAACGAGCAACAUCAAACCUCCAAAUCCUUCAGAUGUUUGUUACGCCAGCAAGUUCCCCUGGUCAGAGCCACUCAGUUAAACCUGCUCAUCCGGACUUUCGUCUCAUUAUGAGUACUUCCCUUCCAGUCCAAUCGCUGAUACACGAAAUUCACACUUCAUUCCUGGAGGAGGUUCAAAUGAUUGAUCUUUCUCCAAGCACGUCUGAAAUUCAGGACCUUUUCCUGACAGAACUGAUGCAGACCGUGUGUUUAGAACUUUGGACUCUACAUCGUCAAAUUCUAACAAAAAAACAGACACUUCAGCGUGAACUUUUUCAAAACAAGGUUUCCUUGAUGGACUAUGUCAUGCACGCAUCCACACCACUUCUCCAGGACCCCGACUUCCUUCCACUCGUGUGUAUGUGUCAGAGUGUCUCUCUUGAACUUGAGACAGAAAUCAAGGAGCUAUCCCAAGAGAUAGAUCGGCACAAAGCCCUGAUGGCUGAUUUUUAUCGAAUAGCAGAGCUUGCCACAGCCCUGUACAACGCUCUGCAGGAUGUGGCCCAACUUUCCCCAUGUUAUCUUUUCACUCUUCAUGGUUUCCUGCUCACUUUACGGUCAGCUUUACCCUUAGAGAGCCAAGACAUGAGCCUUCAUAGAGUGAUGGAGUCCACAGCAGUCUUAUCUGAGAUUACCUACAGGAUUGUGUCUCAUGUCUUUUCUCAGUAUAAACCCCGCUUGUUCAAGAGCCAUUCCACUUUAUUCAGAUUAUUGGUAUCUGUUGCUGUUAUUGUGCACAAUGAGGGAUGCCCUGAGGUAGAACGAGUCAUUUUCCUCAGAGGAUUAAGCAACUGGAAGUCUUCAGAGCAUUUUUUAUCACCGUCUGCACAGUCUGUCCCCGAGCUGCCGAGCUGGAUUCAAACAUGCGCACGAGAUGAUAUUUUUCUGUUAGAGAGGAUUGAACCCUUUUGUGGCCUUGUAUCAUCUCUGGUAAAUUCGUCCAAGCUAUGGCGAGAAUACCUGCGAUUUCCUUCAUCCACAGUGAUUGGACCGGUCCCUUGUCAGUCUCACUCUCAUUUGUCCACAAUGCAGAGGGCUAUUCUCUGGAAAACGCUGUGUCCUCAUUGGCUAGCAGCAGUGGAGGAGGACCUUGAAGCCUGUGCGCAAGGAUAUUUGCUGCAUUCAUAUCCUGGAGAUCCUCCAAUGAGCUCUGCGGAAAUGAUCUCCAGCCUUUUGUCUAAAAAUCAAGGUCCUGUUGUUGUACAUUUACCAGAUAAAAAUGAAGAAAUGCCAGUAAGCAUUUACCCUCUCCACUUGAUUAAUCAAAUUGCGCAGUGCCAGGUGGACAACAAAGGGGUGAAGCUGAGUGUUAUUUCUUUCGGGUCUGGGUGCCAUCGAAAUGCUGUUCUCUCUGCACUAGACAGCGCUGUCCAGAAUGGCCACUGGUUAGUCCUGAACAACUGUCAUCUGCUGGACUGCUGGGAUGUCAGCGUUGUGAACAAGUUAACACAAGUAGUGUACAGCACUACAAAAGAUUUGGAGACAGAUGGCAGGCUUCUAAAUGCUGAAAGUACAGGAAGAUUUGUGCAUCCCCAGUUUAGAUUGUGGCUCAUAACCAGAAGUGACAGGACUCACUCAGUCCCAGUUGCUGUUAGGAUUAGAGCCCUGCACUUGGUGUGUGAUUCCUCCUGGGACCUGAAGGAUGAGUUGUGGUCUUCAGUUAGACAGACACUCCCCUUCUCCUCUCAUGAAGACACUGUGAACACUCGGUGUGCUGUCCUGCACUCUGUCCUGCGGCAGAGACAAACAUUCAAACACCUGGGCCAAGCACGGCUUUACCUUUGGUCUCAGGAAGAUCUACUUGCUCUGAUUGAUGCACGUCACCGCAUAACCAAACACUGUAGUGACCCUACCGGAGCAUUGGAGUACAUAGCAGGUCACCUGGUUUAUGGGAGCCACGUGUCAGACCAUGAAGAUCGAGCAGCUGUGCAGAGUGUGAUUAGGGCAUGUCUAAGAGAGCCGUCUACAUUAUGUGGACGCGGCAAAGACAUUCUCUCUGAUAUCAUUAACAUUACAGGAAGAUUUGAAGCUGGUGGUCUGUUGAAAGACUUGAGGAAUUGUAUUCAAUGCAUUACUAGCAGUACAGACCCAUUCGUUCUGGGCUUUAGUCCAGGUAUGGCAAGUGAACUGGUGAAGCUAAAAAGUCAUCGACUCGGCAUUCUACUGCAUCAGACACAGAAUAUCUAUGUUGAUGUCAGAGGAGACACCAGUCUUUUCAUGCAACCUCAAGAACUUCCAGACUAUAGGACAGCUUGGGAAAGGCUGCUAACUUUACAAGACAAGCUGAGGAAAAUGGACAUUGGCAUGGGAAUGGAAUCUGCUUCUCUUGGUCCGUUGCGUUGUUUCUUCCAGGCAGAGCGGGAGCGUCUGGAUGCACUGGUGUCUUCCCUCCUUUUAGACAGUUUUCAGCCAGUUAAAUAUAACAUGACAAGCUCCACUACUGCGUAUCUAACAUCAUCAGAUCUCUCAAGGCUGGAGACUCAAGCAGAGCAGCUCAGGUCAUACCUGUGGGAGGAGUCAUCCAGUAUUAAACCUUGUGUUUAUCGACUGGCUGCCUUUCUCAAUCCCAGAGGCUUUCUGGCAGCGUUGAUCAGAGAAGCAGUCCGCAUCCAAGACGAGGAUAUCAGUCUUUACAGCUUGAAUUUUAAGGUGCUUCAUGAUAUGGUAUCCCUAUCGUCUCCACCCUUAAGUGGUGUUUUACUGUCAGGACUGGAGCUACAAGGGGCACUUUGGGAUCCAGUGUCAAGAGUUCUUAAAGACACGGAGUCCCCCAAUCCUUCCCCUUUCCCACCCCUCUGGGUCAGUGUUGAAGAGAACAAACGUGACCGUACCUGCUCCUCUAAAAGCUCACACUGUAAUUCCUCAUCCCAGCCUCUGUACUGCUGUCCCCUGUAUGUAGACAGACAAACUGCAGAGGGAGGUCAAGAUCUCUCCGAUGACAAUAUUAUCAUCCAUGUUCCACUUGCAACAAGGUUAGAUCCAAUCCUCUGUGCUAUGAGGCGUGUUAGGUUAACUAGUACUCUCUUACAAUAAACCCUGCGGUAAAUGGUGAAAAAAAGCAUAUGCUCAUAUUAUGACAUCAUUACUAAAUAGUUAUCUUGCAGAUUUAUCUUUCUUUAGAGUAAACUUGGAAAUAUCUUUCAUAUUAUCAUACUUUUGUUGCAGUACAGUACUAGUAGACUUUAUAGACCAUUUUUGGUAAUUUUUAGCAUUUAGUAUACAUUCACGUUUGUGAAUUUAAACAAAAAAAUAAUAAAGCAAUUUUCAAAUCA